GAGACAGAAAUUUGGCCCCACUGCACAAUCAUAAUAUGUGGUCACACCGUCUGCACGUCUUUCAACAAAUUUCAAUUGACAUACACCAGAAUUUUCUAUUUUGACGUGAUUGUGGAUUAAUAAACUUUCAAAGCAGUGAAAAGAAUUAGUGGAUAUAUAAUUAGUCGGCGUGGCACGCCUUUUUUUAACAAAUUAACAAAUAAUGGGAAUGUUAAUAUGGAACAUCAUUAUUUUUGCAAUUCUGUUCUCCCUAAUGGAGGCAGAUGGAUUUUAUGUCCCUGGUGUUGCUCCAGUCGAAUUCAAAAAGGGGCAGAAAAUCGAAGUGAAAGCUGUGAAGAUGACAAGUACACAUACACAAUUGCCCUAUGAAUAUUAUUCUCUUCCAUUUUGUUUGCCAAAGAAUGGAACUCUUAAUUACAAAUCUGAAAACUUGGGAGAAGUUCUUCGAGGCGACAGGAUUGUAAAUACACCGUAUGAAGUAGCAAUGAGAGAAGAUAUUCCCUGUCGUCUUCUUUGUCAUCAUCCAGGUAAACCGAUGUUUUGGGACGAAGAGAAUUCACAACGCGUUCUUGAACGCAUUCAACAUGAAUAUUCGGUUCAUCUGUUAAUUGAUAAUUUACCAGCUGCAACGAAGAAAAAGCACAAGGAAACAAAUAAUUGGAUAGUGUAUCAUGGAUAUCGAUUGGGUGGUAUUGAAAGCAAUAAUGUUGGUGAUCGAGUAUUUAUCAAUAAUUAUCUGGAGUUGAAAUUGAGUUACCACAAGCACGGAGAAAAUCAAUUUAGAGUCGUUGGCUUUGAAGUAGCGGCGAAUUCUGUCGAUUACACACAAAUCGAAUUUAAAAAUAAUGUUUGUAUUAAACCAAAUGGCCAAGUAAGACGUCAGUAUGUUAAUUCUAAAGGCACAAAUAUUCAAUUCUUUUAUUCAGUUGAGUGGAAGGAAUCUGAUGUCAGUUGGGCCAGUAGAUGGGAUAUCUAUUUGGGAAUGAGAGAUGUUGAAAUUCAUUGGUUUUCAAUUAUUAAUUCCUUGGUAGUCGUCUUCUUUCUCUCUGGUAUUCUAACGAUGAUUAUGGUUAGAACAUUGAGAAGAGAUAUUGCUAGAUACAAUUCUGGCGAUAGCGACAGUCUUGCUGGCCUCGAUGAAGCUAUUGAAGAAACUGGCUGGAAACUUGUUCAUGGCGAUGUUUUUCGACCACCAACGAAUUCGCGACUCUUUGCAGCAGUUAUCGGAAGUGGAAUUCAAAUAUUUUUCAUGGCACUCAUCACCAUAUUUUUUGCCAUGCUCGGAAUGCUUUCUCCAGCAAGUAGAGGAUCUCUGGGAACGUGUGCAAUUUUCCUUUACGUUAUGUGUGGUCUAGUUGCUGGAUAUUUCUCAGCUAGAUUAUAUAAAACAAUGCGGGGUAAAGAAUGGAAGAGAGCCGCACUUUUGACUGCGACAUUCUACCCAGGAAUUGUAUUUACGACAUGCUUUUUCUUGAACUUCUUUAUUUGGGGUAAACACAGUUCAGGAGCCGUGCCAUUCACGACAAUGUUGGCAUUACUUUGUCUCUGGUUCGGAAUUUCCUUGCCAUUGGUGUAUCUUGGAUAUUUCUUUGGAUUCCGAAAGCAGCCUUUCACUCAUCCGGUACGAACAAAUCAAAUCCCACGACAAGUCCCUGAUCAAUUGUGGUACAUGAAUCCAAUGUUAUG